AUGCUGGCCUUCGCGCCGCCGCAGCCGCGCGCUCCCGUUCAGGCCGCCGCUGCCGCUGCUAGCUCCCGCCCCAUGCCGCCGCAGCCGCGCACCCCAGCUAUGGUCGCCGCUGGAAGCCGGCCACCACGCGCUCCCGCUGCCGCGCCGUGCGCUCUCGUCGCCGCGCCGGGCUUUUCCCCUUCCUCGGCUGCAGUCUCCACGCGCCCUCGCUGUCGAUGCGGGAAAGGUCUUCCCGCGGCUGACCCAUUGGGUGUCAGUUGCGACGUCGUGGAUCUCCUUCGAUCUGGCCAACAUCAAUCUCCAGCGCCGUUCUCCGCACACCAUGGGACAAAGCACCGGGGUUUUCACCGAAUGCUUCUUCGUCAUCGGCUGAUUCAGUUGCCUGGGACCAUACCUGGCCAACGGGCCGGGCCGGCCCGGCACUGGCCCGGCCCUAGCUUCACGUGCCUGGCCCGGCACGGCACGCAGGUGGCCCGUGAGCUGGCGGGCCGUGCCGUGCCGGCCCACGUGCCCCGCCCCCCGGCCCCGGCAUGGCACAUAACCUAG